GCGAGCGGUGCUUUAGUGGAGUUUGACGUGGCACUCUGGCUUCACUGAGGGCAAUAGACAACGAAGAGGACUCUGCCCAAUACUCAGCUUAACAGGUUGUCAAAAGUCAUUCAUCCUGGCAUGAGAAGACAGUAACAUCCCACCAAAAUGAGUCAACAGGGUUAUGUCGCUGCACCCCCAUACUCUCAAGCCCAACCAGGGAUGGGAGGCUACCAAGGUGGCUUUGGAACUGGUCCUGCACAGCCCCUCUAUGGGCACUAUGGCGGUCCACCGCAGGCAUUCACUGCUCCACCAACAGGUAUGAUGAAAUCACCAGUUUCCCCUGCAGCUGGUAUGCCUCCACCUCCAGCAUCUAGUCAGUACAAUCCAAAUGUCCAGCAGAAUGGAGCACAUCCACAAAGAUACCCUGCCCCACCAUCUGCUUCUUAUGGACAACCUCCACAGUCCUCAUACAACAGCAUGGCCUCUCAGGCCCCGCCUUCAGGGCAGCAGCUCACCAAUCAGAUGAGUGCCAUGAACUUAGGAAACUAUGGCCCAGGUCCUAUGCAGAGCCCUCCUCCUCCAACAAGCUCUGUAGCCCAACAGCCUUACCAGACAGCCCCUCCUCCAGCAAUGAGCCAGCCUCAGAUGCCUCCAGGCCUGCAGUCACCCCACAUGUCCCCCCAGAUGUCCCCACCACAGUCACCCCCAGCAAGCAUGCAAAUGGCAGGACCACCAAUGGCAGGUCCACCAAUGGCAGGUCCACCAAUGGCAGGUCCACCAAUGGCAGGUCCACCGAUGGCAGGCCAACCAAUGGCAGGCCAACCGAUGGCAGGCCAACCAAUGGCAGGCCAACCGAUGGCAGGCCAACCGAUGGCAGGCCAACCGAUGGCAGGCAUGGGUAGACCCUUCCCUGGGCCACCUCCUCCAGGCCCUGGAGGUUUCCAGCAUCCUGGUCCUGGAGCUGCUGGUCCACCAGGAUACGCACAGCAAGCAGGUCAGUUUGGAGGACCCAUGGCUGGGCCCCAGCCAGGCAUGCCAGGGGCCUUCCCUGGGGCACCAGGCGGACUGUCUGGACCACCUCAGAAGAAACUGGACCCUGAUUCUAUCCCCAGCAUAACUCAAGUUAUCGAGGAUGACCAAGCAAAACAAGGGGGGCAGGUCUACAGCACAAACCUCAGAGGACAGGUACCACCCCUGGUCACCACUGACUUCACAGUACAGGACCAAGGCAAUGCAAGUCCCAGAUUCAUUCGCUGCACCACCUACUCGUUACCCUGCACCGCUGAUCUGGCCAAACAGUGCCAAGUGCCCCUGGCUGCCAUCAUUAAACCCUUUGCCAGUUUGCCAAAGAAUGAGAAUCCUCUAUAUGUUGUGAAUCAUGGUGAGACGGGCCCAAUCCGCUGCAAUCGAUGCAAGGCCUACAUGUGCCCCUACAUGCAGUUUAUUGAGGGGGGUCGUCGCUACCAGUGUGCUUUCUGCAACUGUGUCAAUGAAGUGCCAGUCUUCUAUUUCCAACAUCUCGACCACAUGGGCCGGAGGCAGGACUUCUACGAGAGGCCCGAGCUGUCUCUGGGAUCCUACGAGUUUGUCGCCACCCUGGAUUACUGCAAGAACAACAAGCCUGCAAAUCCUCCUGCCUACAUCUUUAUGAUAGACGUGUCCUACAACAACAUCAAAAGUGGACUGGUCAAACUGAUAUGUGAUGAGCUGAAGACUCUAUUGGAGAAUCUGCCCAGAGAGGAAGGUAUGGAGAGCUCUGCCAUUAAGGUCGGCUUCGUCACCUACAACAAGGUCCUCCACUUCUACAACGUGAAGAGCGCUUUGGCCCAGCCCCAGAUGAUGGUGGUUUCGGACACAGCCGAGAUGUUUGUACCGCUGCUUGAUGGCUUCCUUGUCAACUAUCAGGACUCGAGGGCUGUUAUCUACAACCUCCUGGACCAGAUCCCUGAUAUGUUUGCAGACACCAACGAGAGUGAAACGGUCUUUGUUCCUGUCAUCCAGGCCGGCGUGGAGGCAUUCAAGGCAGCGGAAUGCAGCGGAAAGCUCUUCAUCUUCCAGUCCUCCAUGCCCACUGCUGAGGCUCCUGGUAAAUUGAAGAACAGGGAUGACAAAAAGCUGGUCAACACUGAGAAAGAAAAAACCCUGUUCCAGCCUCUGAAAGGAGUGUAUGAACAGCUGUCUAAGGAGUGUGUGGCACAGGGCUGCUGUGUGGAUCUAUUCCUCUUUCCCAGUCAGUUUGUGGACGUGGCAACCAUGGCUGAUGUACCCUCACACACCGGGGGCUCUGUGUUCAAGUACAACAACUUCCAGGUGGAGACUGAUGGGGAGACUUUCCUGAGAGACCUGAGAAAAGACGUGCAGAAAAGCAUCGGAUUCGAUGCCAUCAUGCGUGUUCGUACCAGCACAGGUUUCAGAGCUACAGAGUUCUUUGGUGCCAUCCAUAUGAAUAACACAACAGAUGUAGAGAUGGCAGCUGUGGACUGUGACAAGGCUAUGACCGUAGAGUUCAAGCACGACGACACGCUCAGUGAGGAGACUGGGGCGCUCAUGCAGUGUGCCUUGCUGUACACCACCAUCAAUGGACAGCGACGUCUCCGCAUCCACAACCUCAGUCUGAACUGCAGCUUGCAAUUGUCGGAGCUGUACAAGAGCUGUGAGACUGACUCACUCAUCAACUUCUUUGCCAAAUCAGCUUGCCGUGCCAUAUUGAACCAGCCUCUGAAGAAUGUGAGGGAGAUCCUGGUCAACCAGACGGCCCACAUGUUGGCCUGCUACAGGAAGAACUGUGCCAGCCCGUCCGCUGCCAGCCAGCUCAUCCUGCCUGAUGCCAUGAAGGUGUUUCCGGUCUACAUGAACAGCCUGAUGAAAACUGCUCCCUUGGUCGGCAGCACAGAGCUCUCAACAGAUGACAGAGCUCAUCAAAGGCUGUCGAUCAUGGCCAUGGGGGUGGAGGACACACAACUGCUGCUCUACCCACGCCUCACCCCACUGCACAACAUUGACGCUAGCAGCGAGGCUUUGCCUGCUCCAGUGCGCUGCUCGGAGGAGCGUCUCACAGACUCUGGCAUGUUCCUGCUGGAGAACGGCCACUCAAUGUUUCUGUGGCUGGGCCAAGCGAGCCCUCCAGACCUCGUCCAGAGCCUCUUUAACCUGCCCUCCCUCGCCCACAUGCAAGAACACAUGUGUGCGCUGCCAGAAUUGGACAACCCAUUGUCAAACAAGGUCCGAUCCAUCAUUAGCGACCUGCUUGAAAAGAGGCCGAAAUCGAUGAAGCUCCAAAUUGUGAGGCAGAAGGACAAACCGGAGAUGUUGUUCCGUCAGUUCCUGGUGGAGGAUAAGGGCCUGCAUGGUGGAGCUUCCUACAUGGACUUCCUUUGCUACGUUCACAGAGAGAUCCGGCAGCUGCUCACUUAACCACCUAAUGCAUGGCCUCAGUGUCUCUUACCUGACUGGGCUAGGAGAAAUAUGCCAUCUAAAGGACCAUGCACAAACCUCACAGGGUCAGUCUCACUUGGCUCCAUUUCUAUCUUAAGGACGGUCCACAGAAAGAAACUUUUUAAGUGUUUUCACAAAGACAGAGGAAGAAACCAGGAACCAGGGAGAGCCUUUUGAGAUUUUACCUUGAGAGUCCAAAGCUGCCUUUCAACAUGUUUCAGUGUACACACAGUAUGAUCUUCAAACAACCACUUGUCACUUGAGUUAAAACAUGGACAACGCAUCCAGUGUUUCCUGCACAGAUCAUUUGCGUGAUGGACUGUGGAGACUGGAGGGACAUGACUGUCUGAGGCUGAAAUGCAUUUUGGCAAAAAGCCGACAUGCUUAAGCAACACACAAUGUAUCUCCACAGUACAGUCAAUUGAGUUUUACAUUUCACUUAGUAGAUUUACAGGAUCAAGACAAAGGGUUGUUUGUGGGCAAUACUGUAGAGUUCACUUUGAAACUCAAUACAGCUCGCCAGUCUUUGUUAUACAUGACUUUCUAUCUUAAAGAGUAAAUAUGAAACGAGUCUUAGUAACUCAAUUUAAACAGUAAAUGCUCAAAGAAAUUUUACAAUAUUUAAAUGACUUAUAGAGGCUUUUACAUUUGAUCACACUCUUCCUGUUGUUGUGGAAAAUGUACUUAAAUUAACAGACACAUGUAUCCACAGUAACAGGUUAUUCAUAAUUUAGAAGAAACAAUGCAGCUGCUGCCAGGACUGAAAAUCAUUCCUGUCAUUACACCAUGAGUGAUUCAGACCAUUCAAGUCACACAUGCCCCUCAACCAAAAAAAAUUGAAUUCUUUGACCAUUUAUAGCAGAGACUCGAUCUCCACAGUGUGCAGUGACGCAGAAAACGUUCUGUUUUGGCGUUCUGAGAUUAUAAUGAAAUGAACACAGCUGUUGCUGCACAUGGUGAAGGACAAACUUGUGUCCUGAUGAAAAAUGACACUUUUUCUAGACUGCACGAGGAACUAAAAAGGGGAUGUUUAAGGGAAUUAACUGCGGUUCAGGGGCCAAAUAUAAAGCUUUUCUCUAAAACUGCCACAACAAUCCAACAAGGGACAAAAUAAUGAUCUGUUCUUGUUGAGAAAUACUUUCCAGCAAUCUCCAACGAUUCCAUGUUAUAAUGAAAAAGGUGUCAAAUUGGACUUGUUUAUAAAAGUGUCAGGACAAUAAAAUCAUCAUUUGGUUUUGGAUCAUCAGAUUUUUGUUAAAAUAAACUCACUGUUCAGCUCAAAUGCAAAUAAUAAAAUUAAAUAACUUUAAUCUGCAAAAAUGCCUGUGAUGAUGAUUUGUAACAUUUCAAAUACAGCAAUAGCAUCAUAUUGUAUUCCAUUGCUUGUUUUUAUAGCGCAUCUGUGUAAUUCAUGUAUGCAUUUGAUAAAUAUUGUAUGAUUUUAUGUGUGUGACAUUUUUGUACAUGGAACGCACAACUUGUUGUUUCCACAAUAUUACCAUCUGCCUUAAGUUAAUAUACUAGUUGUUCAAACAUAUGUUAAAGUAUAUAUGUCCUAGAGGUCUAUGGCUGAUUUCAAUCUUUUUGGUUUGUAUGCAAACUUAUCUCAGGUAAUUUGAGUACCUUACUAUUUUAAGUUGGAAAGAUGGACGGUUGUUUUUUUUGAGUUGACUUAUGGACGUUCAUGGGCUUGGUGAGCCAUGCUUAUUUUAUUCCAAACUCUCAACAAAUUAAAUUCUUGACAUAAA